AUGGCAUUGGCACAUGGAGAAACACAGAUGUUGGCCUAUGAUGUAAAGAAACUAUGGGUGGUAUGGAAUCUUCGAAUUUGUGUCAUCUUGAGCCUGUUCUUACAAACUUUCCUGAUAUUAGUUGGUUCCAUAAGGAAACGGUAUAAAUCCAACUACAUGCACCUGUUGAUCUGGUGCGCCUACUAUCUAGCCGAUUGGAUUGCUGCUUACGCUCUUGGCCAAAUCGUCCAAACCAUGGGUGGUGAGAUAUUUGACCCCAACAAAAAUGGAGGGAUCUAUCUAUUUUGGGGACAGUUUGUUCUGCUGCAUCUUUCUGGCCCUGAUAACAUCAUUUCAUUUUCACCUGAGGACAAUGGAUUCUGGCUGAAGCAACUGUUUGGACUCCUUUUCCAAGUUGUGGCCACCAUCUACAGCUUCUCUCUGCUCGCACUUGCCGAGAAUAAUGAGCUAUGGAUACCUACCAUUCUAGUGUUCAUUGCGGGACUAAUCAAGUGCUACGAGAGAGUCAAUGCUCUACUCAAUUCAACCUUUGAUCGAUUUGGUGGGGACACUCUCUUGAUGCCAAAACCAAAUCCUGGACGUGACUAUGAAUACGCUUCUGUUGUCCAUGACCCAAUAAGUGAAAGGAUUAUUCUUCGAGAGGCCGCUGCCCAGCUUGAAAAUAGUAAUAAGCCACCACAUGGAGCUACAAUGCCAAUCAGCUAUAACAAUCCCAGUGAUUUGGGAGAGCUUCAGCUAUUGCAACUUGCGUAUUCGUUCUUCAAGGAAUUUAAGGUACUAUUUUCUGGCUCAUUUUUGAGCCCUGAAAAUCGAGAAUCAAGUCGUAGCUACUUUUUGGCAUGUGACAAUUAUCACAAGGCUUUUAGAUUAGCUGAGUACGAACUAUGCUUCUUGCACGAUCGUAUACAUACCAAAGUGGUGGUAUUGCAGAACAAACUUGGAUACAUCCUCAGAUUCAUUUGCUUCUGUUCUGUCUUGAUCGCAAAUUUAUUGUUUUUCACAGUUGAGAAGCAGGAGUAUGCCGAGUUUGAUGUCAACCUUACUCGUGCCUUGCUCAUGGGAACCAUUUUCCUUGAUAUCAUAUCACUCAUCCAGCUCGUUUUCACUGAAUGGAACAUUGCAUACAUGCAUUUUCGAAAGAAAUUACCAAAACGCGUAACACAACGUAUUCCAUCAUUUGUAUUGAAAAGAAAUCACUGGGCUGAAUCAGUUUUCCAGUGUCGUAUGUUGGAGUAUUGUAUGCAUACAUGCCCCACACGACUUGUCUACCGGUUGGCUGGCUUCGUUUUUGGCUCGACUGGAGUGGUGGACGAAAUGAGGCUGUGGUUUUCGCCUUCCAUGAAAGUCACUGCAGAUUUGAAGGAAUUCAUUUUCUCUGAGCUCAAAGAAAAAUCUUUCAGGACACCAAAUUUAGGGGAAGCCAUUGAAGCAUGUAAAGAUAGAGGCCUUUCACCUAUUUAUGCGGAUUUUGUAUUGUUUGUAAAGUUUGAAUGGAGCAUCAUUGAGUUCCACUAUUUGGAGAGCCUUCUACUCUGGCACAUAGCUACUGACCUUUGCUGUGAAUGCUGUGAAGAUGUGAACAACAAAUAUAAGUCUCAUUGCCAGGCUCUCUCGAAUUACAUGUUUUAUCAACUGGCUCUGCAACCUAGAGUGUUGUUCCAGGAUCAAGGAAAUUGGGCUGUAGUGUUCCAAGAUACGCAGGAAGAAGCAUACAGUUUUUUUAAAAAGUACUCAAUUUCAUUUCAUAGGGGAGCUUGCCAAAGGUUGAUGUCAGUGAAAACAAAAUACAGAGCAGCUUUUUUAAAGGGGCCCAAAAGCAAAUCUUUGUUGUUUGAUGCUUGCAUUUUGGCAAAACAGCUUCGAAGUCUGGGGGAAUGCCGGUGGGAGUUAAUGGCACAAGUAUGGGUAGAGUUGAUGUGUUUCGCAGCAAUGAAUUGCAGCCCAACCACACAUGCGAUACAACCUAGUAAAGGUGGGGAACUUUUGACUUUCACUUGGUUACUCAUGUAUCAUUUGGGAUUAGGAACUCAGUUCUCCAAUCCUAGCAAAGUUCGAUUGCCAUCAUUUCUUUGA